AUGGUUGGUGGUGUCGCUAAUGUGGGAGCUACUAAACAAGAUUUUAAGAAUUACAAGAGAGAGAUAUUGGAAUUCAUGAGGGAGGGAGAUGCACAAAUGGUAAUAUCAAAGUACCUUGCAAAGAAAGCAGAUGAUAAAAAUAUGUUCUUCGAAUACGAAAUGAAUGAGCAAGACAACUUGGCCCGACUGUUUUGGGCGGAUGGUGUGGCACGGAAAAAUUACGGAGCAUUUGGUGAUGUCGUGUCAUUUGAUGCUACAUAUCAAACAAACAGGUACAAGCUCGUUUUUGUUCCAUUCACCGGCGUAGACAAUCAUAAGAGAUGUGUAACAUUUGGCGCAGGAAUGAUCGAUAGGGAAGACGUGGAGUCAUACCGUUGGAUCCUACAGAAGUUCAAGGAUGCAAUGGGAAGUAUACCCCCGUUGACCGUAACUGAUCAGGAUCCGACGAUGAAGGUGGCAAUUGCAAUGGAGUUCCCCGGGACUCGGCAUCGUUAUGGCAUGUGGCAUAUCAUGACAAAGGUGGGUGAUAAAGUUGGUACUGAGAUGGCACAAAAUGAUGAGUUCUGGCGUGCACUAAAUGCUGUUGUAUGGAAUGAAAAAUCAACAAUCGACGAAUUUGAGAGUACAUGGGAUGCAGUUAUUGGUAAAUACGGGCUAAGCGACAACAGGUGGCUGAAGCGUAUGUAUGAAGACCGUGCGUCAUGGGUGCCUGCAUUCUUUGAUGAUGUAUUCGAGACUGCAGUAAAGACACAGCGUAACACACACCUUGAACUAAGCGCAGCGUGCGAGGGACAAACCCCACCUUUGAAGACCUCAUUGCGUAUAGAGCGAGAAGCAGCAUCGGUGUACACAUUAAAGGUUUUUUACGAAGUGCAAGAAGAAAUCUAUGCCGGUUGUUAUACAUGUCGAGUGCGAUCAAUAACGGAAGAUGAGACAUCGAAGACAUACGUCGUUGUGGACGGGAACAAGGAGACGUACACGGUCAUACUUGAAUAUGGAAGCAACACCACGACAUGCACCUGCCGAUUAUACACAAGGAUUGGACUGUUAUGCCGACAUGUUUUUGUUGUUUUGAAGAAUGAACAGAUAAGUCAAAUACCUCCACAACACAUUACUCCCAGAUGGACCCGCGAAGCAGGAAUAUACACAAAUCUCGAUACAACCAACGAGAGAGAGGAAGGCGAAGAGAGUACACCACAAAACAACAAAGAUGAAAGUAACCUAAUUAAUGCAUUCUACAAAUAUUUAGCCAUGGCACGAGGGAGGACCGACAAACUUCGACAACUGACUGAUGUGAUAGAAGAUUUUCAAGGGCAAAUGCGCGAGGAUGGACAGGAAGGGAGUACAGUAAACGGGAAACAGGCGGUUAUGGAAACAUAUUGUGGUGUGCCAGCCCCAAACACAAUUGUAGUGCACCCCCCAACGGUGGCAAAUACGAAAGGGUCUGGGAAGCGAAUGAAAUCAGCGAAGGAGCUGGCAAUGGCGGAGCAAGUAAAGAAAAAACGAACGUGCAAAACUUGUGGUUUGGCGACCGGGCAUAAUAGUAGGAGCUGCCCACAAAAGCAGUGA